UUUAGUUAUGAAGAUCAAAAGAAUUCAAACAAUCAGAAAUCCUGAAAUUUUGAGAGAGAGUCUUCAUAAGAUCAAGGUUCAUAUGGCUAAAAAUGAUGUUAUGAGCAAAUCUAUCUUGCCAGAAUCCCCUCAAAGGACCUCAUUUUUGCCAGAUACCAUCUAUUCUUCCUUCCAGAACACACAUAAUUCUAAAGAUAUAAUAAAAUAAUUCUAAAAGAUGAGUAACCCAAAGCUCUAGCAAACGCCCCAAAAGAAAGCUAAAGUCAAACCAAAAAUCAGAAAACCGGAUUCAAACCGCUACAUGGGACGAUAGGGACAAAAUAAUAUCAACUUUCAAACCUAUUAAUGUCACUUGAAAAAUGACGAACAUCAGCCGAAGGAAAAUAGCAAAUUAUAGUAAAUCAUCCAAACAGGAUAAUCUAAGGAAAAUCCGCCAGAAAAAUCAGUCUUUCAUGGUCGUCGAUAAGCACAUCAAAGCUAUGGUGCAGCAACAGCAGAAUAGCUGUAAGCGACAGGAGAAGAACCAAGAGCGCUUACUUGAUCACCGCUAUAAGCUCACUUGCGAUGAAAUUAACUACAGGAUUGAUGCUACAAUGCUGAACUUACAGAAAUACUCAGAUGAUAUCUUACUUGAGUCAACCCAGGAAGCCCAAGAUGUAAUGGCUGAAUCUUUGAAGGAACUUCUACAGGCUUGUAAAGGUAACAAAGAUGUCUACGAUACGAUCAGGAACAUCUCUAAGAGCCAAACAGAGAUUUAUAACACCACUAAAUCCUUGCAUCUUCGCUAUAAAGUUGUCUUUGAUGACUUCAUGAAGCAGAAGGAACUCCAGAUGAAAGAAAUUAUGCAUUCAAGGGAUUCCCACAAGCCCAGCCAGAGAGACCCUAAGAUCUCGACUUUCGAAGCCAUCAGUCAAAUCGAUGACUCUAUCAAGGAACUUCUUAAGGACCAGAUUGAAAGAAGGAGGGAGCUAUUCAUGACUAAAAAGUUCUCAGGCGUGGAUGAUAUCCUCAGCGAAGUCUACAGAUACCUAGAAUUGAUCGGAAAUAGCAGAGUCGAAGCAGGCACCUUACUUUCGAGAGGUAAUGCCUUUGACGAUGUCCAAGGUUUUGUCAAGAACCAAGCUAAGGCAUUACAAAUCACCUCUUCAAGGUUUCUUGCGGAAAGACUUAUCACUGAAAAACCAAGAAUGGUAUCCAAAGGAACUCAGGACAAUUACGGGGUGUCAUUUUUGACAGAAGUUGAUAGACUUAAAAUCCAUAUUCAUGAGCUUGAGAAGAUCAUCGAAAUGAAAGAAAGCCAGAUUCAAGAAAUACGCCAGAAAUAUUCAACCCUUUACAAAGAAACUGAAUCAAUGAAGAUAAAAAUGAACGAUGUGCUCCAAAAAUGAGAAUCUUAUGAAAAACUUGCUGAAGAAUUCAAGCGGAAGCUUGCUCUAAAAGAGCGGAUUAUUAACUCCUACGAAGAUCAAAUCUUCGAAAUCACUAAAAAGCAUCACAGAGAGAUUAUUAAACUAAAAACCGAUCUUAUAACUCUUGAAAAGAAAAUGAAGAGCAAGGAAGAAGCAUUAGCAAAGCUAAAACUAGCUAAAUUCAGCAAGAUCUCAGGUAAAAUCAGAGAGGAACAAGUGGUCAGAAUGCUCACAGAUGAAUCAGAGAAACCACAUUCCAGUAAUUUAGAGGCAGAAGAAGCACAGUUAACUGUAGAUGAAGCCCAAAUGGCUGAGAGUAGACGAAACAAGUACAAAACUUUAGCGUCAAAUCAAAGAAAUCGGUGUGUGUCAGUCUCCUUCGGAGAUAUGAAGACAGUUAAUCACCACAAGAUGACCCAGACCUCGGGUUCUAACCUUGAGCCUCAAGUGAUAAUCAAAGAAGUAGAAUGUCCCAACUGAGAUGGAUAUUCAAGAAGCCCGGAUUGAAAGCCUGACUCCUUCAACAACCGGAAGUUAUCUGCCAAAAAUUCAGCAAACAUGAAUUCUAGCGAAGAAGACUCAGUUAUAGACCUAAAGCACACUCCUGGUAGCACAGGUGGUAUCAACUCUGAAGAACGUAAAUCAAGUUUCAAGCAAGGACGGAAGACCAAAUCUCCACUGAGAAGAGGCCUCACUAGAGGCCUUAACAGUAAAGCAAGCUUAUUAGACCAGAUCUCUGAAGAAGAUGAAGAAGAAGCUCUGAAGAAAGCUAGACCUUCUCCACAAGAUAAAAAGUUACUUGACAAGUACGAAAGCAGAUUUGGAGGGAGCCAGGGAGAUGUAAUGUCUGGUGGAGGAACCUUCACUCCCAAAAUGAGCUUCAAGAAAGAAUUUAGUCCCCCUAAGGUCGCCCAAGAAAAACGUGGAUUUGAAACUUUUUAUUUCAAAAAUGACAAGAAAUCUACAAUGUCAAAGGAUCUCAAGCUGAGGUCCUUCGGGCCUGUCAAGAAGCAUUCAUCUUUAAAGAAGGUUACCUCAAUGGAAAGUGCUAGAAUGAUGGGAUUUCAGCGUGGAGGCACUCUGAAUCCUAUGUCUGACAUCUUUUUACCCCAACCUAAGAAACGCAAAGAGAGCUCUAAAAAAACUGGAUUUUCAGGCUAUGUUGGAUUUGCUGGGAACGAUCUAGAUUUCUCUUAA